AUGGCUCGCAACGCAGAAAAGGCCAUGACAGCCCUGGCGAGAUUGCGGCAAGCUCGGCUCGAGGAAGGAAAAGUCAAGGAGAGAAGGCCUUUCCUUGCAGCAGACUGUAAUGAGCUGCCCAAAGCUGAGAAAUGGAGGAGACAGAUCAUUGGGGAGAUUUCUAAGAAAGUGGCCCAGAUCCAAAAUGCUGGAUUGGGUGAAUUCAAAUUUCGGGACCUGAACGAUGACAUAAACAAACUUCUGAGGGAGAAGGGACACUGGGAGUACAGAAUAAGGCAGCUGGGAAGUCCCGAUUAUGCGAGGAUUGGCCCGAAAGUGUUUGAUCUUGAAGGGAAAGAAGUCCCAGGAAACGGAGGCUACAAAUACUUUGGGGCUGAAGGAGUGAGAGAGCUUUUUGUGAAGGAACCCUGGCCACCCCCACGGAGGACUCGGGCUGAGCUUAUAAAGGACAUCGAUGCCGACUACUUUGGCUACAGGGAUGAAGAUGAUGGGACUCUGGAGCCACUGGAGCAGGAAUACGAGAACAAAGUUUUAGCAGAAGCGGUGGAAAAAUGGAAGAUGGAGAGAGAAGUUCAUUAA